AUGGGGGCCUUGUUCCUCAAUUCUUUCUCUGUUUCACCAAGCAAACUUGCAACAGUUUCCAAUAAUUGUGACUCAUGGAGGAAGAAGAACAUUUUUGUGCGUUGCCAAGGAAGUGGCAAUGCCAUAAAGACUAGUGGCGUUUCUUCAGUGUUGAGAGAAAGAUCGAAAAUGGUUAAUGCUGAUCGUGGUGCAACUGUUAUGGACGCAGGAAGCUUCGUGAUGUCACCAAAUGGGAAUAGUCAGGCAGAUAUUGCAGUUAAAGAUUUGGUGCCUUAUGGAGGUUCAACUACUUCUUUAGUGGAGCUGCAAGAGGGCAUUGGCAUUGUUAAGUUUCUUAGAGGGAAGGAGUUCUUCAUUACCGGUUCAACUGGAUUUCUUGCCAAAGUUCUUAUUGAGAAGAUUUUACGAACUGUGCCUGAUGUUGGGAAGAUAUUUCUCUUGAUCAAGGCCAAAAACAGAGAAGCUGCAAUGGAAAGAUUGAAGAGUGAAAUCAUAAAUGCAGAGCUUUUCAAGUGUCUACAGCAAUCGUAUGGAAAUAGUUACCAAAACUUCAUGUUGAGCAAACUGGUCCCCGUGGUAGGAAAUGUCUGUGAAUCUGAUCUUGGCUUGGAUGGUGAUUUAGCUGAUAUGAUUGCAAAAGAAGUCGACAUAAUUGUGAAUUCUGCAGCUAAUACAACUUUCGAUGAAAGGUAUGAUGUUGCCAUAGAUAUAAAUACAAGAGGAGCAUGCCACCUCAUGGGUUUUGCCAAGAAGUGCCAGAAACUUAAACUCUUUUUGCAAGUAUCAACAGCAUAUGUUAAUGGCCAGAGACAAGGAAGAAUUAUGGAAAAGCCAUUCGACAUAGGAGAUUGCAUUGCAAGGGAAACUUUAAUUUCUGAAACCACACCCAGAUCCAUACCUGAGUUAGAUGUUGAAGAUGAGUUAGUAUUGGCUUUAAAUUCCAAGAAAGGUUUUGAUGACACUGAAGUGGCUCAGAAGAUGAAAGAAUUGGGUUUGGAAAGAGCUAGAAAAUACGGAUGGCAAGACACGUAUGUCUUCACGAAGGCUAUGGGAGAAAUGAUGAUCAAUAAUAUGAGGGGAGAAAUACCAGUGGUGAUAAUUCGACCCAGUGUUAUUGAGAGCACUUGCAAGGAACCAUUCCCUGGAUGGAUGGAGGGAAAUAGGAUGAUGGAUCCAAUAGUAUUAUGCUAUGGGAAAGGGCAGCUAACAGGUUUCCUGGUUGAUCCCAAUGGAGUACUUGAUGUUGUUCCAGCAGACAUGGUUGUCAAUGCAACCUUGGCAGCCAUCGCAAGACAUGGAAUGACCCCGAAACCAGAUAUUAACAUCUAUCACAUUGCAUCAUCAGUUGUAAAUCCAUUGGUUUUCCAGGAUUUAGCCAGACUACUCUACGAGCACUACAACUCCUCACCAUUUCUUGACUCAAAGGGAAGCCCAAUCCAUGUUCCAUCAAUGAAGCUGUUCAACUCCAUGGAGGAUUUCUCUGCUCACCUCUGGAGAGAUGCUACUCAGAGAACUGGACUGACAGCAGUAGCAUCUUGGAGUGGGAAGCUGUCUCAGAAGCUUGAAACGAUAUGCAGGAAGUCAGUGGAGCAAGCAAAGUACUUGGCUAAUAUAUAUGAGCCAUACACAUUCUACGGUGGAAGGUUUGACAACAGCAACACUGAGAGACUAAUGGAGAUCAUGUCCGAAGAAGAGAAGAGGAACUUUGGGUUUGAUGUGGAAAGCAUAGAUUGGAAAGAUUAUAUAAAAAAUGUCCACAUUCCUGGUUUAAGGAGGCAUGUUAUGAAGGGCAGAGGGAUGUGUACAUAA